UGUUUUAGUUAUUUAACUACCAAAGAGAAAACCGGAAGGGUCUUCUCCCAAGAGCAAAGCACAAGAUUUCAGCUCCAACGACAUCGUUUCGGAGUAGUAGAUCCGAAAUGGAAGCCUCACAGUCGCAGGCAUCAGCGAACGCAGCCCUGAACCCUCACCCUAACCCUAACAGCAAUUACACAAACAAUAGCAAUUCUAUACUGUCAUCGACGCCGGUGUGGCCCACAAUCGACGGUCCGUUGGGCCUGUCGGAGGAAGAAUCGUUAUCUUACGCUCGGAGGUUCUACAAGUUCGGCUACGCGCUUCUGCCUUUUCUUUGGGCUGUCAAUUGCUUCUACUUCUGGCCUGUUCUCCGUCACUCUCGCUCCUUCCCUCGCCUUCGCCCCUAUGUUGUGUCAUCAGCAAUUGGGUUUUCAGUGUUUUCAGUUAUUUUGUCUUCAUGGGCAUUGACAUUUGCCAUAGGAGGAGAACAUCUCUUUGGUUCUACCUGGGAUCAACUGGUAAUGUAUAACGUUGCAGACCGGUUAGGUUUGACAGGUUGGAGCUAGUUUUCUUCCCUUUCAAAAUUUUAUGGCUGCUAGCUUUUGCAUUAUCAAUCCCCAAACUAUAUUUUGAAUGAAGAAAAAAGAAUCUCAUUUGAAGUCAACAUGUGUAUAUUCUGAUUGUUGAACCAAUUAUGCUUUUGUAAUCAAAAUUGUCAAAUUGUUUUGAGGCUUAUGAGCUUAAUAUGUAGAAGGAAUGCAAUUAAACAUAAAAUCCUUUUUUUCUUUUCCUUUGUGCUUAUAUGCCGAAAGACUUCUCUUUUUCUUGUUGAUUUGGGAUUAAUGCAUCCUAAUUACUUUCUUAAAGCGCUUGGCGUGACACUUACUCUUGGUUUAGUCUUAUUUGAUAAAUUAGAUUUGGGGUUGUAUUAUUAGUAGUGUACGUUAAAAUAUGGGGUUUAAUCUGAUUUGAGUCAUGGUUUUAGAUUACCAUGUGUCACUUUGCACCAAUUCCAUCAUCAAACUUUCAUAUUCAUGAUGGAGGAACUCUUAUAUACAAAUUGUCAAAUAAUGGACAAAAUGGCUGUUCCACACUCUAGUGUCACCUAUCUUAAUUCACGUACAAGUUCUCCCAUGGAAACUUGGAUCCUUGUGUAGAAGAUUUUCAUGCAACAUUUGCAAGAGAGACAAUUUGAAAUAAAGGGUCUGUAUAAGCUAAUAACUUUUUACGUGAUAAACAAUUUAAGUACAGCAAAACACUAUAUGCAAAAGGCAAAAGGCAAAAGGCAAAAGUCCCAAUUUCAAGUUUUCAACCCUUAUCUGCCCUGACUACCCUGCGAGGUAGAGAUAUAUAAACCACAAAUUUUAGAUUCCAAAGUGGACCCAAAAUUAAAGCUUGCCACACAAACUUUAGUUACACCGAAAAACACAACAUGAAGACUAAGGUUUGCCAAUAGGAGUGAGGCAAUCUCACCUUAUCCACACUCCACCCACAAUCAUUUAUCCAAUUCAUGAUCUCUUCUUUCCACAUCACUAACUUAUCAAAUAUCCCCAAUCACAAAUCUAUUAUACUGAAUGACUUUGUAGAAGAUUAAAAUUAAAACGCCAAUUAAACUUCAUUUUCUGUGGUAAACAAUUACUCCCAUUUGUCGCAAUGGCAGCCAUGAACUCCAGCGUUUUGGCAUGCAACUAUGCUAUCUCAGGCAGUGGGCUAAAUGCCAAGAUCCCCUCAGUGCCUUCAGUUGCUUCCCCAAUUUUGCCUGGUGGUCACAAGUUGCCAGUGAUCAGAGCUCAACAACAGGGUAAAGUCUCGGGUUCCAAAGAAUCAAGUGGCAAUGAAGGAAGAAGAGCUGCUAUGCUGUAUUUGGCAGCUACCCUUUUCACCACAGCGGCUGCUUCUUCUGCAAAUGCUGGGGUCAUUGAUGAUUACCUUGAAAAGAGCAAAGCUAACAAGAUUGAGGUGAGAAAAUGCAGGAGUUGAAUGACAAGAAGAGGUUGGCCACAAGUGGAGCAAACUUUGCAAGAGCAUACACUGUUCAAUUUGGCACCUGCAAGUUCCCUGAGAACUUUACAGGAUGCCAGGAUCUUGCAAAACAAAAG